UAUUCACUUACAAUGUAAAAAAGGGUCCAAAAAUCGUUCUCUAGGAAAUUACCAUGUUUUGUUUGUUUAUAUUUUUAUAAAUACAAAUUUCAUGGGUUAGAAAUGGAAAGUAUAGUGAGCCUGUUGUCAGAUUGGGACAGUAUUGACAACCCGUUGACAGCGCUGUCAUCUGUACAGUUGGAUACAAUCACAGAUAUAGCUAAUUUUAUAAGGGAGCCUCCACUACCCCGACAUAUAAAGAGGUCCCAGGAUCCUCUAGAGGCUGCCUCCAGUAGAAGUGUAACCUCCGAUGGACAAGGAAAUGGAGGGGAGCUGUUACCUGUAUUCCAGCAGCUGGAGUCUGGGAAAGCAAUUAUAUCAACAGGACAACAGUUCUUACAAUGGAUUCAUCAGGUUGAGAGCAGUCUGCUGGAUGAAGAAAGUAAACCUUAUCAUCAGUAUAUUGCUGAGCUAGAGAGACAACGGGUUGUAACUCUAAAUCUUCAAAACCAGGUGAGUUCCUCCCUGGGUCAGCUGGAGGAGCUGACGGGACAGUACGAGAUGGUGAGUAAGAAGACGACUGAGCUCCACGUGGCGUGCCAGCACCUUCUCCAGGAACAGACUAAACUCUCUGAAACAAAUAACAUCCUACAAGAGAAACUUAAAGUUUUCCAGGAAUAUGAGAAGAUUGUACACAAACUUGGAUCUCCGACGCUUUCUGUUCAAAGUGAAACCUUUCUACCUCUUUUAUCCAGGAUAGAUGAGAGUAUAACAUAUCUACAAGCCAACUCUAACUACAAGGAGAGUACAGUUUAUUUAGUGAAGUAUCGUGCAGCCCUGAACAGUGCAUUAGAUAUGAUUCGAACCUAUGUUAAAUCCUGUCUGGAUUCUGCAACCGCCGCAGCUUCUGUCCCUGCCUCUCCCGCCCUCUCCUCCGCCCCACACACCGCCUUCACUCUUUUCUACGGCAAGUUCCGAGCCGCAGCGCCGCGUAUGCGUCACCUGAUCGCGGAGACGGAAAGGCGGAAGGAUCAAGGCCAAGAGUAUGAACAACUUCUGACAGAUGUUGAACAACAUUAUCUAGCUUGCAGGGAACGACUCCUGGGUCCUAGUGUGCGUAGUGCAGUAUCACAGCUUCUUGGAGUUCAUCAGAGAGACCAUUGUGGUCUUGUCAGGGCUGGUUGUGCCUUUUUGCUUCAUGUUUGUGAGGAUGAGACCCAGCUGCACGCGCAGAUGUUCAGUGCGGUCAACACUGCCGAGGAAGCAGAGGACCCAAGGCCGGAGCUAUCAAGUUUUCUGGAGCGCCUCUGCCUUGUCCUCUAUGACAGCCUCCGUCCUCUUAUUAUCCAGGUGAGCCAUCUGGAGACACUGGCUGAGCUAACCGCUAUACUGCGUGGGGAGGUUAUCGGUCAACAUUGUGUCUCCUAUCCCUACCUAACAGCAUACAGACGCGUAGGUCACCAGAUGUUACAAGAUGUACAGGAGAGACUUGUGUACAGAACAUCAGUGUACAUAAGAACAGAUAUUACAGGAUAUAAACCAUCCCCUGGGGAUCUGGCAUAUCCAGAGAAAUUGGAGAUGAUGGAAUCCAUUGCUGAACAGCUGACUCAGCAGCAGCAACAGCAGGAACGUGGAAAGACGCAUUCUCGUCAGAACUCAAACUCUAGUAUGGUCAGUCUUACCAGUAUGGAGGUCGGAAAUAUUAACAGCAGGACGUAUACGAGUAGUUCUCCUGCUGACCUGCAUGGUAUGUGGUAUCCACCAGUCCGACGCACUCUACUCACCCUUUCUAAACUCUAUAGAUGUCUGGAGAAACCAAUUUUUCAGGGGCUUUCUCAGGAAGUUUUAUUGGCAUGUUUGGACUCGGUACAGUUGGCCGCUGAGGAGAUUUCAAAGAACCCAAAGAAGAGUAAAGCUGACGGUCAACUCUUCGAGAUAAAGCACCUUCUCACUCUUCGGGAACAGAUUGCGCCAUUCCAGGCUGACUUUAUGGUCAAGGAAACAUCUCUGGAUUUUUCCAAAAUUACAAGCGCGGCAGUUGCACUUUUCAACAGGAAAGGAGAUUUUCUGACUCUGAACGGGAACAAUUCCUUACUUGAAUUCCUUCUGGAGGGUACACCUGGAGUACAAGAACACCUUAGGGAUUCUAAGAAGGAAGUUGACCGUCGUCUGAAGCACACUUGUGAAUCCUUUAUACAGGAUUCAGCGAGUAGUUUACUUCAUCCCGUUCAGGAUCUUAAUACCAAGGUUCUGAGUUUUUACCAAGUUCGUGGAGAUAAAUCUGCACUUCUUAAAUCCCAGCCCUGGGCAGCUGACUCAGCUUUACAAGCGGCAGUUGCAACCUCCAUCCGUUUGAUCAAAUCUCAGGUGCCGAUGCUCCAGCGUAAGAUGCAACUAUACCUGGCUAACCGUGAGACGGAGUUCAUCUUGUUCCGUCCAAUCCGCUCCUCAAUCAUCUCUACCUUCGUCUCAUUCAUUUCAACCCUCAGGACAGAGUAUACGGCAGAGCAGCAGAUUAUUGUUGGAUGUCCGACACAGGAACAGCUGGCGGCCAUCCUAGCUUCAGUCUCCAUUAAACCGAGGACACCCAUUCAGAGUCUCAGUAGGGAGGUCAGCAUAUCCCCGGAGAAUAAACAGAUAUCGCGAGAAAACAGCCAGGUCAAGGAAACACUGCAGCAGAUUGAAGAGGCCAAGUCUGAGACGAGUAGUGUGGCGGACUCUAGCGAGAAAAUCCAGGAAUCUGAAAACCAGAAAAUCCGCAAUUCUUCUGAAACGUCAGAUAUCGGUAAUUCGCAAACUGAAGAUCAGAAUGAGCAAUAAUUAUUUCAACGGUUUCUUCUUGAAUGCAGAGAGGUUUUAAAUAUUCACGUAAAUAAGAAAAGGUUAGGGAAAUUUUUGAAGAGAUUCUUUAAACAAAAAUGCUAGUAAUAGAACUGCAGGGUGAUAAAAAUACUGUGAUUUAAUUUUGAGUAAUUUAUUAUUUAUAGCAUUGCGAAUAUACAAAACAGGUAUUUUUACAUUAUGUUUUUUUUCUAUAUUUUUAUUUACUAAUUUACUGAAUGUCCUCUAAAGGUUUAAUAAAAUGCUAGUAAUAUUAAAACUUUAUAUUUUCUUGCACGUUUUAUGAUUGUUAGU